UGCCCACAGAGGGCUAGAAAUGCCGGGUGGAGACAAGUAGUUUGGAAACACUGUAUUUCUGUGUAACUUAUCUGGAUCUAUAUUUACCCAAACCCUAAGGACGUAAUCCAAGACUACAGACAAAAACAAUAGUUGCUGUUAAAGAAUUUCUGUGUGGGGCAUUCCUUCCCUCCUGCUUGGACUACUUUAAGCAUGGACACUCAACAGUCCAAUGCCAGGAAGGAGGACUCAAAGACCAAAGAAGAAGAUGCUGCUGUGGAUGCAGAGCUAGCCAAAGCCAUAAUGUCUCGGAGUUUCCACCCCUCCAUCCUGGGCCCUGAACCCUGGGAGGGAUACAUCUUCUCUGAUCUGGAGAUCCGUAUCAAAGAGUCCACAGACCUCUAUGGAGCAGUUCUCUGGCCCUCGGCGAUGGUGUUGUGCCAUUUCUUGGAGACCAAUCGUGAUGAACACAACAUGAUGGAUAAAAAUGUGAUUGAACUCGGUGCAGGAACCGGGCUCGUCUCCAUCGUGUCCAGCCUGUUGGGUGCUAAGGUGACUUCCACGGACCUGCCCGAUGUUUUGGGAAACCUCCAGUACAAUGUCAUGCGCAACACUAAGGGCCGAUGCAAGUACAUUCCUCUGGUCACAGAGCUCUUCUGGGGUCAGGAGGUGGAGCAGCGUUUCCCACGUGCCACACAUUGUUUCGAUUACAUCCUGGCAGCCGACGUGGUGUAUUCCCACCCUUACCUGGAGGAGCUGAUGGAUACCUUUGAUUACCUGUGCCAGGAAAACACACAGAUCCUGUGGGCCAUGAGAUUUCGUCUGGACAAAGAGAAUCGCUUCGUCGACCGCUUUCGGCAACGCUUCAAUCUGGAGGAGCUGUACAACCUCCCCAGCCUGAGCAUCAAACUGUACAGAGCCUGGAGGAGGGACGAGAGAGCGACCACUUCCUGAUGGACUGUGUGUGUGUGUGUGUGUGUGUGUGUGUGUGUGUGUGUGUGUGUGUGUGUGUGUGUGUGUGUGUGUGUGUGUGUGUGUGUGUGUGUGUGUGUGUGUGUGUGUGUGUGUGUGUGUGUGUGUGUGUGUGUGUGUGUGUGUGUGUGUGUGUGUGUGUGUGUGUGUGUGAAGCUGAAAAAACAUUUAGUAGGAGCCAAUAAUUCACUCCUUCAUUUUAUAUCGUUAUAAGUGAUAUCCAGGAUGAGGUUACAGUCUAUCGUGAUUUCCAGAAAGCAAAAGCAGAGAAGUCCAUAAGUGUCACUGGAGGCGAAGAUAAAUGGCUACUCGGCAUCGUCACUAGCUCUUCUCUAUUUGGCUCCCCCACGGACUCAUCUUUGUUGUUUGUGAGUCUGUGUGUGUGUGUGUGUGUGUGUGUGUGUGUGUGUGUGUGUGUGUGUGUGUGUGUGUGUGUGUGUGUGUGUGUGUGUGUGUGUGUGUGUGUGUGUGU